CACAUGGGUAGCGGGACGCCGUGCGCGUCGUGCAAGCUGCUCCGGCGGCGGUGCACCAAGGACUGCAUCUUCGCGCCCUUCUUCCCCGCCGACGACCCCCACAAGUUUGCCAUCGUCCACAAGGUCUUCGGCGCCAGUAACGUCAGCAAGAUGCUCCUGGAGCUACCGGUGCAGCAGCGCGGGGACGCGGUGAGCAGCCUGGUGUACGAGGCGAACGCGCGGGUGCGGGACCCGGUGUACGGCUGCGUGGGGGCCAUCUCCUUCCUGCAGAACCAGGUGUCGCAGCUGCAGAUGCAGCUCGCCGUCGCACAGGCCGAGAUCCUCUGCAUCCAGAUGCAGCAGCGAGACGCCUCCCAGUCCCAGCUGAACGACGACGCAGACCACAGCAUGGGGGCGAUGCAGCAGAUGGUCGUCGACGACGCGGCAGCGGCGGAGGCAUUCCUGAUGCAGAACGGCGGGGGCGGCUUCCCGCAGCAGCUGAUGAGCAGCUACGGCGGCGGCGCGCCGGCCUCCAACGUGCAUCUCUACGCUCAGGACCACCUCAAGAGGGAGUCGCUCUGGACGUAG